AUGGGAAAAAUCAUCAUUUAUGAGCAUGCCAACUUCAGGGGUGUGUCCAGAGAAAUCACUUCUGACAUUUCCAAUCUGGGACAUUUGGACUUUAAUGAUAUUAUCUCCUCAGUGAUAGUAAUUGGCCAGCCUUGGGUGGCUUAUGAGCACAUAAAUUAUACAGGCAGGCUAAUGGUACUUGAGGAGGGGGAACAUGACUAUGUUGGUAGAAGCAUGAAUGACACGAUCAGUUCUCUGCAGAUGAUCACUGAGGAUCUGCAUGAUCCCCAGAUCACUCUCUAUGAGCAUCCCAACUAUCAUGGGAGGAGCAGAGUAAUAAGACAAGCAACCAACCUGGCUGCAGGAUUCGACAAUGACAUCAUGUCUUCCCACAAAGUGCAGAGGGGUGCCUGGCUGCUGUGUGAGCACAGUGAUGGAAGUGGAAUUCAGUACAUUGCACGAGAAAAAGAUAACCUUCCACAUUACUCAGCAAUUUACCUCAAUGACAAGCUUUCCUUCCUGCGUCCCCUUCGCCUGGGCCGCUCUUAUUAG